AUGGAUUUGAACAGCACUGAAAACAGCAUACUACAAAAAGAAACCUGGCAAGGCAGGAUUGUUUACAACCAGAGUCAAAAGGAUAUCCUCCAAGAAUGGUUUAAACAAAACCCUUACCCUGAUAGAGCUACCAGGAAACAAUGGGCCAAGGAAAUUGGCAUUCCGGAGGCCAAAAUUCAGAUUUGGUUUAAAAACCACAGAUCGAAACAGAGACAAUUGGAAUUUGGACGCUCCUUAGGAAAAGACGAAACCCAAGGACAACACCAUCAUCAGCCUUGGACUCAAGAAUACUUACCAAAAGCAGCCAGACAAGACUGGACAUCCAUCACAAGAUCUCAAUCACACGUCCUACUUCAAGCCUUUGAGAGGAACCGAUUCCUUGAUAUUACAACCAGGAAAAAACUGGCUAAAAAAACAGGCAUUCAGGAACCAAGAAUUCAAAUGUGGUUUCAGAACCAAAGAUCCCUAUACCCACAGCAGAGCAGAAAUGAGUCCGUGAAUUCUUUGGCAGAUGGCCCAAACGGAAGACCAGGUCUGACAGCUCAGCAACACCAAAUUAAUCUGUCCACUCCCCUGGGCAGGUCUCAUCAUUUUGCUUCCUCGAUUCUUUCAGCAGGACAAACAUUUCUCCCUGCUCCUCUCCCAUCCUAUGAGUCCUCUGUCCCUUGUGUGAGCCAAGAACCAAGUGUCAUGAUGGUGCAGCCCAUGCAGGCUAUGCAGAGAGGAGAGAAUUCUGUCUCUCCUCAGACCCUUAGGAAUCACCUGCCAAUACCCUCAACUUCAGGAGGGGACCUCUCAGAUACUCCGACUCCUUUCUGGCUCCCAAACCAAGAAAAAUGCCAGAAUCACGAAGAACAGACUGGCACAGGAGUACUGCAGUUGAAGGGCUAUUGUGAGCCUCAUCCUGAGCACCAAGAAGACCAGCUGCAGGAUCUGCAGCAGGUGGACAUACCUUACAUUCUGCAGCGGUGGGACGAGGUCUGCCAGGCUCUGACUGCAAAAUGGGAUCCUCGAGAAGGGACACACUAA